CAGUACCACGCACAAACAAUAUCACCGUGCACGGGUGGCCAGUUGACCGGCCGCGCUUGCGGGCAUAGCCCGGUAGUCGACACACGGAAAAUCGCUCUGCACUCUAUCGUUGUGGGACAAAUGAGCUCAACCUUUCGUAAGGUAUUUCCAACCCAAACUUGUCAAAAAUGAACGCUAGUUUCUUGUAGAUGUACCGGAGAUCAUUCAAAAUGCCGUUCAAAAACUCUGGCUCCCUUUGGAAUAUCACAACUUCCAGAAAAACGGUGUAAUUUCACACUGUUAAUUGUCUGGCUGCACAGUAUUAGAUCGCGCACAAGUAGGCCUACGUGUUAUGCGUGGCUUGGGCGCGGCCACGUCCAUUUUAUCGAAAAAUAGGGGUGUUGGUAUUACAAAGUAGGUGGUUUUAAUUGCUCGGCCCAUCCAUUUCAUAAUUGUUUUGUGUUUUCACUUCAUCGGAGGUUUAUUCAUUUAGUUUUACAUUAUAAAUAUUUAUAAACUCAUUUAUAAACUGAUCUCAACCGAAAUUAUUAUUUCAUUUUAUUCACUUAAUGGCGGUGCACGUCUGAAUGACGAUCCUGCCAGUACCCUUGAUCAUAAUGGAACGUGCUACAUGUCGUUGAUGAAAAGAAAAUGGCUAAUGUGUCCGUGUACAUGAUGUAUGGGAUGGGCUCGAGUAACUGCGAUGUUUACAAAAUCCUUGCGAUGAUUAUGGGUGGAUUUUACGUAGGUAUUCGACUUACUUUUGUUGCUUUUUUUCGCAACAAAAUCGUUCAAACAUCGGGAUGACAAGUUAAGAAAUCAAGUAUAUAAAAUUUGGAUUGACAAGAUUUUACUGUUGGCUUUAUGUAGACAAAAACUGGAGUCAACAAUUAAUAAGCUUGCAAAUUUACCCAGGAGCGCUAUUAUUUGCGCGCCAGAAACCGUGUUAAGGAGCGCGAAGGAGCGCGAUCGCGCUCCUUAAAAAUGAAGGCCUGUCAGGUGAAGACGGAGUGACCCCUACCCCAGAAGUCCUGAAACAUGUCCCUGUAGAUGAUAUUGCUCUAAAUUAUUUAAAUAGAGCAUACAAUACAGGAACACUACCAGCACUCUGGAGCACCUGAUCAUCUUCCCAACAUGCCCAAUUUAUUCUCAAGUCAAGAUGGACAAUUAUUGGGGCAUCAGUCCAAGUCUAUUUCUCGCCAAGACCUACAUGUACAACAGGAUGCUGCUCAGUAUCCCGACUGAGACCCGCUCUAGAUCCUCUGCUCAGAACAUCACAGAAUGGCUUCCGGCUGAAGCGCAUGAUGGUUCAGCAGAUAGUGGCGCCGAGGAGGAUACUGGAGGGUGUGAACUGGAGGGUGUGCACACAAUGGUGAAAGCCUACCAGAUACCAGCAGUGCUCACCUUUAUCAAUUUCUGCAAGGUCUUUGGCACCAUGCACAGAGGAAAAAUGAUAUGUAUCCUUCGUGGCCUAUGCAUGUAGGCAAAGAAGGUGGUCCAGUCAGUUGCAGCUGUAUAUACUCGAUCCACUGCCAAGGAGCUCUCUCCCGACGGAGGGAUGCUGUACUGAGAUCCUGGCAGGAGUACUAAAGGGCGAUACACUGGUCUACUUCAGUAGUAUUUGUGGUAGUCUUUGACUACGCUACGAUUGAUGGCGAGGAAGGAGCUGGGUUUCACUCUCACACCCAGGAGAAGCUGGCGGGCGUGACCAGUCAUGAUGACUGACCUUGACAUUGCAGACGAUAUUGGCCUUGUAUCUGAUACAGCAGAAAAAGUGUAUGCUGCUGCUCGCGCCUCGCGGUAGAAUCAGAGUGUUAAAAGAUCAGCCUUUAGCUCAAUGCCAAAAAGACGACGGUGAUAGCCCCCAACACAGAGGAUGCAACGGUCGCUACUGGCGAUGGGACAGCUAGCUAGUGUUAGAGGUGGUGGAGGACUCGGGGCCUACAUCGCCUCAACAGAGAAGGAGCUGAAGGCCAGGAGGGCUCUGGCAUGAGUGGGGCGCACUCAAUGAAGAAAUAACUCAAUGAAGAGGCAACUCUUUGUGUGCUACUUUAUGGUACUGAUGGACCUUCACUGUGCAGCAGGAGAAGUCACUUGAUGGCGUCUACUCCAGGAUGCUGCGCAUGGAUCUGGGUGUUGCCUGGGAAGACCACAUCCACAACAUCGACCUGUAUGGAGGCCUUCCACGUAUCUCGGACAACAUCAGGGAGAGGAGGCCUAGAUGGGUCUGGCGGGCCACUCCGUCCACCACCCAGAGCUGGCAGUCCAUGACACCAUCCUGUGGGAGCCGACUCGGGAAACUGGCAAGAGGAGGUGGAGGACCGGAGAGACACACUUAAUGUAACACCUCAUAUCAACAUCUAUAUCCAUCAACUGCUCACCCACCACACUCCCUCAAGAUGGACUCCAACUUAGUUUCCACUGAACAGACCUCCGGCAGCGAUUGUGUCGAUAGCCCCGCCGGGAACAUGAUCCCACUAGACACAAUACUGAAUCUCCGAAGAAUUGACGCCGGCGGUAAGCUGUUCCGCUCGGCGCGGCAGGACCGUGCAUCCCCUGACGACAUCAUCCAUCUGGAGGAACUUGGUAUUCGCACGUUCUUUGACAUGCGAAGCCAGAGGGAGUACACCAAAGUGCAGUGUGGAACGCCGAAAGCGAUCGACCAGGACGUCCCGGUUUUAGUUCCGAAACUCCCGAACCCCAAAACAAAGCCCUACCCAAUGAACAGUGCCAUUCCGUUGAAGGACCUGAAUGGAAAACACGUUGUUACGACUGAUGAACAAUCCCCUGUAAUUCCACGACGACGUUACCUCAUUGACUUUUACUCUUUCAAACUAAUUCUGGGGAUCUUCAGCAUAGCCCCACUCUACAAAUGCCUGCUCAGUUUCAUUGUUAUCAUCGUCGACGCUAUAUUGGGGACCCAGAACAAGUACCUGAUGCGCUUUUUCUCACGGGAAUUGAACACCGUGGGCAUGGCGGGUGUGUACUCCAGCAUUCUAGAGUACGGAGGCAAGCAGCUGUGUUUCAUUUUGAAGACCCUUUCUGAUCCAGCGAACCUCCCUGCAUUGCUUAGCUGUGCCCAUGGCAAAGAUAGGACUGGCGUUGCCACAGCCAUGGUCCUUAGCAUCCUGGGGAAAUCAGACAAUUACAUCGCUGAGGACUAUGCUCUGUCCACGGAAGGAUUGAGCCGCAUCCAGUCAACCGUCCACGGCGAAAUAGUGCAGAGGUUCUAUUUGGACGAAUCAUUUGCACUUGCCAAAAAGGAAACAAUGUUGAAGACACUUGCUUUACUGAGGGACAAGUAUGGAUCAGUUGAGAAUUAUCUGGAAUCCAUCGGCUUUGGCAGGGAGGAUCAAGAGAAACUUCGCCAGGUUCUGUCUUAAGCAAUUUCUCCCGUGAGUUUGCAUUAGUUUAAUUACCAGGAACAUGAGCACUGUACACGCAGGGACCAAUAUUGCGGAGUUGCUAGCAGACAGUAAUUACUAAGCAAAUUUAUUCACUGCUUGGCAAAUAAGUUUAGAAUCAGCCAAACAAAAACCUUUCCCCAGCAUAUAAAAUUGGCUUUGAGGCAUAACUUAAUUGCACAGUUAAAUACAUGAAUACUUGUGGUUUAUUAACAGAAGAUUUGCAACAAAAUCACUGAGCGAGUAGUCGUCAGUAUGUAAGUUAUUAUAUGCACAUUUAAAAAAAUUAUACCUAGUGCUAGAUUUUAAUAGCAAAACUACAAAAAAAUACAGAAUUUGUUUUGAGCAUUGUUUAAAAUAUUUUGCUACUUAUUAGUGUGAAAACGUUUUUUCUGCCACAAAUGUGAGAAAUGUUCUCAAGCUUGUCAUGUUUUUUUUUUGUGCCACUUGUUUAAAAGGAAUUUAGCGAAAAUAGCGUGCUAGAUUACUUGUUAUCAAACAGUAGUAAGAAACAGUCUUUUAUUCUGUGUAUACUGAUAAAAAAACCCAACAGAUUGGAUUUUAAACAGUAAUGGUUAACAAAGAAAGGAAAUUAUAGUAUCUGUACAAAAACAAUAUUUGAAUUUUUAGCAUUUACCUGUCUUUAAUAAUAGACAUUUCCAGCAUCUUGAGUACCUAAUUGUUGGUAGAUACGUGCACUAUAUAAGGCUCUGGUAUUAAGAUUGAAGAGGUUGAUCAAGUAUGGAAAAUAUUUAAUAAUUCUAUUCUCUUUGCUUGUAAUUUAGUAGAUGUGAAAGGAUCAUAGACAACAAUGUGAAAAUAUAUAUAUAUAUUGAGGUCUUGAGAAUAACUUGUAUCGUGACAAUAUUUUUACAUAUAUUUAGAAUAGAAAUCAAUGUUUAUAUAUAUAUAUAUGGUUUGCAAUUCCGAACAAAUGAUCAUUGUGCAAUCUUAUAGUGUUAGUUAAAGCAAGUGUCUGUUUAGGUAUUAGUUAAUCAAGUUUUGUUUAGGUACACAAGUGUUUGUUUAGGUAACCAAUUUCUAAGAAACUGUCUAUACUAGCAAAUAUGUGCAAUUGUAUCGUUAUCAUUCAUCAUUACUCUAUGUAAUAUAUGUUUUUCAAUAUAGUUUGUUGGGUUGUUUGUUUGUUUGGUUUUGUUUUAUUAUUUUCUUUAAUUUAUUAAGGGUAAAUGUACUCAUGAAAACAUUCUGCUGGAAUUUGACAUUUUUAAAGGCAUAUAUAGGAAAAGAAUCCAUUCUUUAUUACUGUUUGUGGACUUUCAUAUAUGUGCCCAACAUUGUUUGUACCGAUUGAAAAGUGCACGAAGUCAUGGAAAGUACUCAUACUCAUAGCAACACAAUUGCUGUGUUCUUGUACUCAUACUUAUAAUAAAGCACUUGUACUCAUGUAAGGGGGCGGGGGGGGGGGGGGGGGGCAGGGGGUCAAAGAUCCUGGAAUUGUUGGCGAGCUGAAAAGAAGAGACAAGAGACAAGGCAGUUGGAAUUGAUGGUAGAUGGUACAGCACUAAAGCAUGCUGGACCACACCACCCAGACUGCUGCAACCUCCUGUCCAAGGGAUCGCUCCACUUUUAGUAAGGGGUCUCGCUGGUGCAGUAGUCUUGCAGGCAUGGGACUAAAGAUAACACUCGAGAGGGAAAAAGAGAAAACUGGACGGGGGUGUUUCAACCUAGUAAAGGGCUACAAGGAGAAGUCUUAGGAACAAAAAAUAUAGAUCACUUGCCAAAAGGGGCACCCUUUUACAUUGUACUCGGAAAAUUUACUCGACUACAUGUACAACACCAGUAUGGUGUCACUACCUAACAAGAUGCAUUGCUCAUGGCAAAAUUAGAUCAGUGGUAACUAGCUCACACUACAUGUAUGAAUAUUAAAGAGCCCCGCAAGUUGGUUCUCCACAAAAUGUUACUUUAGCCUUGUGUGACAGAACUUUUUGAAUAGGAAAGGCUGUUUUUUUUUACUCCCAACAAACAGUACAUGACUAGCAGUUUAUCACUCAAUAUUCAGGCUGCCAAUUUUAGAAACAUGGGGUCAAAGACUUUCUGUUAUCACUGUUUAUACUAACAUUUUGGAGCACUCUUUACCCUUUGGCCACCGUGCUUGUAUCGCUACUUUUUUUUCUCAUAUUUACUCCAAUUCUCAACACUCAAAGUGUACUGACCUUGUUUAGUAUCGGUAUGAGACAUGUUAAAAGUGAUAUUUCUUGCCAGUGGCAUUGCCGUUGCUGCAUUUUGAGAGAUUAUCUAGAUCAGAUAUGGAACAUUUGUUUGCCUUGUGCCACCAUUUUGCCCGAUUAUUUUUUACCAUAAACAGUUAUGAAAAAUGUUAUCUCAAAGAACUGUUUCUGUGUGUGGUCUUAAUUUAAAAUGCUUUGUUGUACAUAAUAAAAUAAUGUGUUAACUUAAAUUUGUAACCAAAAAGUAUAGUGCUUAGUAAUAUUUAAUGUGUUUUAAGAACCUUUUUUGAAACUUUGGCUUUGUCUCUGGUUCGGCUGCAUCUCUUGCUUGGACAUUAAAGCCUUUUAUGUUUUCAACCAUGUUAAGAUGAAUGUAACAAUAUAGACCAUAUAUUGAGCCACAGUCCUCAGAGACAGAACUACAGUUUCGUAAACACCAAUAGUGUAAAGUACAAUUGAAAUGGUACUGUUAUAGAUAUAUUUAUACAUCUAGUUAUUUUACAUAUAUGUAAUAUUCUGUGUUUAUUUGUAUUGUUCCUUCCUGAAUCCGUUUAAAAAAAUGGAGUAAAGUUCAAUUUGUUAAUAUGAUUAAUGUUGCUAAAUACAUCAAGUACAACCUACUACGCGUAACUAUAUUUUUGUAGUUUUUCUAGAUGACAGAAUCACUGUAAAAUGUUAUUUAACUCCUACAAAGUGAAAUGUAAAAGUGGAUAUAUCGAUAACUAAAGUAAUCAGGCAAUAAAUGUGAGAAAAAGAGACAUGA